GCGGAAGCCAAAUAAGAGCGUGUAUAUUGCCUCAGAAUGUAAACAAAUUUGUACAAGGCAGGUACCACCAGCACAUAAUUUACGGCACGUUUAACAUAUUGGUAAAAACAUUACUAAUGUUUGGUUGACAGUUGGUGAUUCGUCUUACAAUUUAUCGGCACAAACAACUGAAAUAGAUAUAACGUUAGCUACCAACAAUACAAUAAUGAGCAACUCGUCCACCUCAAUGGCUCACACUCUCAGCUUCGGAUCUGUCCGUCAAAGUCCCCCGCUGAGUUCAAAUUUUGCACUGACACAUGGACUGUUGGAUUCAGCUGCCGAGCAGUUAAUGGUUCAGAGGGAUUUCCAAGCUGCUUUCGACACAUGUGAGAGAGGUCUGGUGAGCCUUUUAAACGCGGAGCAAGAAGACAGCAGGUAUGGGGAGUUGAAGGCUGCACUCUGCAUUGUGGGGAUUCAAGCAUUGGCUGAACUCAAUCAGUGGCCUGGUGUACUGGCAUGGAUUCUGCAACAUUAUGAGUGCCCUGAGAAAAUAUCUGCAAAAAUAAUGCAGAUGUGCAUACUCCUCUACACCAAAGUGGGUGAGCAAGCUAUGAUGCAGGAGGCAGGCCAUGUUUGGCUGUGCUGCCCAUCCAAUGGGAGAUUGGCAGGAUUUGGGACUGUAGCAGAGCUUUAUUUACUGCAUAUUCUAGUGCCUUUAGGUCAUAUGACAGAGGCACGGGAGUUGGUUUUUGGUGAGGUGGGAGGUAUUGCAUUCACAGAGGACCAGAAACAAACAGCACUGGAUAUCGUGGAGAAUAAAGAGAACCUCAGCCAAGAACAACAUCCAAGCCCUAAUCCCAACACCAGUCCUGUGGUGGUGGUUGCUGGACUUAACACACCUCAAGGUGCUGUGAUUCAGAAACUUGAGGCCUUGCUUAGGCUUUUGAACAGAGGACUAUCAGUAGCCAGUGGUGGGUUAUUCCGUGUUCAGAGAUUUUUUCUGGCUGCGGUCCUUCUCUACAUGCUUUUUGUCCGAAUGGAUCCAGCUCAUCCCUCAUCUUUCCCCUGGAUCUCACAGAUGCUGCAGAUGCUGAAGCAGAUGUGGGAUGCCAUGUUUGCUCCUUACUAUCGAGCCAGAGCUCAGAGCUAAGAACUGUAAAACCAUACAGGCUGGUGCUGGGACAUUAUGGUUUAAAUUUGACUGAGAACCAAGAGCUCACCAUUGACCCUCACCAUGUAAACAUGAAUUAGU